UGACUACAGAGUAAUUCAUCUUUCCACACAGAGCAGCUCUGGUGUGUCCUGUCUACUGUCGGCGGAGGACGUGCUCCUUGUUAAACUUCAACUGAAGAGGUCAUAUUUAUAACUUCUCGCUGUCCUUCAGCCGGCAGCAUCCCGACAGGAAGCAGAAAGAGGAAGUGCGGACAGAUUAAAGUCGGAGCCGUUUAAAGGAAUGAAGACGUAUCGGACUGAAGAAUGACACAGAGGAGACAGAGAGAAAGAUAAUCGACACCGGAGAGAGAGAGACGUUUUACUCAACAUGUCUAGCCUUCCUGCCUCUGUUAUGAGGCAAGAAGAAGCUGCAGCUCAGGAGGACGCAGACACACAGCUGAUGUACAAGAUAGAGCGUCCGGUCUACGAUGAAGCCUUCAUCCAAUCUCAGCUUCUCCACCGCAAAGAGAACUCCACCACCCUCCGACAGAGGCUGGCGCAGCGGUUCCGGUGUUCGGCAAAGGCGGCGGUUCUGAGCUUCCUGCCUAUCCUUACAUGGCUGCCAGCCUAUCCGGUCAAGCAGUACCUGUUCUCAGAUGUGGUCUCAGGUCUCAGCACAGGAGUUGUGCAGCUCCCUCAAGGUCUAGCCUAUGCUAUGCUGGCCGCGGUGCCUCCGGUUUAUGGUCUGUACUCCUCGUUCUACCCCGUCCUGCUCUACACCUUCUUUGGCACAUCCAGACACAUAUCCAUAGGCACCUUUGCAGUAAUAAGUCUGAUGAUUGGGGGCGUUGCGGUUAGGGAGGCUCCAGACUCGAUGUUUUUCAUGCUCCCUGCCAACGGCUCCAACAUGUCUGCUAUCCUGGAUGUGGAGGCUCGUGACGCCAGGAGGGUCCAGGUGGCCGUGAUGCUCACAACCAUGGUGGGAAUCAUCCAGAUUGUACUAGGUCUUCUCAGGUUUGGCUUUGUGGCGAUCUACCUCACAGAGCCCCUGGUGCGAGGCUUCACCACAGCAGCAGCUGUACAUGUCGUCGUCUCUCAGCUAAAAUACCUGCUGGGGGUGAAAACACAGCGUUUCAGUGGGCCUCUCUCUGCCAUUUAUAGCGUCAAGGCGGUACUCAGUGACAUCACCAGCACCAACAUCACCACUCUCAUCCUCGGCCUGGUGUGUCUCGUCUUCCUGUACGUAAUCAAAGACCUCAACGAGCGCUUCAAGAAGAAACUGCCCAUUCCCAUUCCUGGAGAGAUUAUCGUGGUCAUCGUGUCGACGGGCGUGUCGUUCGGCCUUUCGUUAUCAGACAACUACAAGGUGGAUGUGGUUGGGAACAUACCAACAGGGCUUCUCCCUCCUUCUGCGCCACAGUUCUCUUUAUUACCCAAUCUGGUCACAGACUCCUUCACUAUAGCGAUUGUAGGAUUCUCAAUGGGCAUCUCUCUGGCCAAGACUUUUGCCCUGAAGCACAACUACAGUGUGGACGGCAACCAGGAGCUGAUCGCCCUCGGUCUGUGUAACUUCAUCAGCUCUUUCUUCCAAACCUUUGCCAUCACCUGCUCCAUGUCGAGGAGCCUGGUGCAAGAGAGCACUGGAGGGAAAACACAGAUUGCAGGGCUGCUGGCGUCUCUGGUGGUGCUGCUGGUGGUGGUGGCCAUCGGUUUUGUCUUCCAGCCGCUCCCUCAGACAGCGCUGGCGGCUAUCAUCAUGGUCAACCUGCUGGGGAUGUUUAAACAGUUCAGAGACAUGCCUACUCUGUGGAGGACCAGCAAGAUUGAACUGGCCAUCUGGCUGGUAGCCUUCAUAGCGUCUGUGCUGUUGGGGCUGGAUUACGGCCUCCUGGUGGCCGUCACAUUCGCCAUACUAACAGUCAUCUACAGAACACAGAGUCCUAAAAGUGCCGUCCUGGGCUACGUUCCCGGCACGGGGCUGUACUGUGAUGUGGAUGAGUAUGAAGAGGCGGCUGAAUGUGAGGGGAUUAAGAUUUUCCACUCCAACUCUUCAAUCUACUUUGCUAACAGUGACCUUUAUGUGAACGCCCUCAAAGAGAAGACGGGUGUAAACCCAGAACACUUACAGGCCACCCGCAAAGCCCGGAGAAAACAGAGGGAGAAGGCCAACGGCAGUCAGAAGUCUCCACUGAAGAUCCGUGUUGAUGACAAGAAGCAGGGUGUGACUCAUGAGGUUUUGUCCUAUAACCACACGGCGGAGGAGCAGAGGAACGGCCAGCUGGAGGACAGACACAGCGAGUCGGACUCAGAGGAGGUCGUCUUCUUUGAACCUCUCAGCCCCGUUCACUCCAUCAUCCUGGACUGGACGCCCGCCACUUUCAUCGACUCUGUCGGAGCCAAAGCCAUCAAACAGGUCAUUAAGGAGUACGCAGCUGUGGAUGUUCGAGUGGUCAUUGCCGGCUGCAGCAGAGGUCUUCUGUCUGAGCUGGACACCUUACAGUUCUUCUCGGGGUUCAUGACCACAGAGAUGAUGUUCCCCACCGUCCAUGACGCCGUGCUGCACUGCCAACACUCCCAGCCCGCCAGAUGCCAAAACCAAUGAACUCAGCCGACAGGGGAACGACAGCUCACGCGUCCCGGCCUGCACAGCAGGUCUUGGGAGACACCGCACCGGCCCCGGAGGAGCUACGAUCCCGUCUCCAUGCGUGAUCCACCGGCACAGCACGGCGGAGAUGAACUGAGCAAUCAUUCAUAUUGAAUAGAGGGGUGCUUAUAGCUGUGCUGGAUGUUCUUCCCUCUCAUGAAGCACUCCAGAGGCUGGCGAGUUUGUUUAAAUUUUAAGUGCCCAAAGCAGAGAGACAGGAGGGUUUUAUCCAAUCAGAAAUUCAGGAUUGAAUUUCCAGCUGACAUUCCUACAGCCUUAUUCUAACUGUGGAUCCUCUCUGGCAGUACAUGCUGGGAGGGGAUUGUUUUAGAGUUGCACUUUUAAUGUAUUUUUGUAGUUCUUUUAAGUGUUCCCACUGUUUUGCUAGGAGAAGCAUGUUUUAAAGUGAACUGCUGCUGCUGCUCUUCUCCAAAUAAUCAUGUCAAAUGAUUUCUGGAAGAGUCCAGUUUGUGGUGGAAACUUGUUAGAAACUGCCUCUCUUAUAUCAUGCUGGUUACUGAGAUUAUGUCCUUUUAUUGUUUAUAGUUACUGAGACGUUGUGUACUGAUGGAUGAGUGUUAUAUUUUCAGCUGUAUUUCUGUGGAAUUAUGUAUUUAAACCUGCAGAAGCACCAUCACUGGUCAACCUGAAGUGUCAUAUAUGUUGUUACUAUAGUGGCUACGUUUGCAUUGCUGUCUUGAGUGCGACACUGAUGCAUUAUUGUACGAACUGUCAUGUUAGUAUGCUGGGUGUUUUCUUAUUUUUGAAAAGCUUUAGUUGUGCUGUUACUGAAUAACACGGGAUGCCUUUAAAAACUUUUCCAUGUGGUUAUUUUACAAUAUUCAAACAUGGAUUGAGACUCCGGUUUGGAAUAAACUUUAUUUUUAAGUGUA